AUUAUGUUUUUAUUCUUUCUCUCUCUUACAACAGGAACUGUGUAUAAACGUCUCACUCUUAUGUUUCGCAUGUAGAUCCAGAUGUUUAUUUAUCAUAAUAAUCUCGCGACCCAGACACAUCUGUCACAUUCACAACAAAUUCAAAAACGCAAUAGAAAUGUAACCAAAAAUAUAUACUAAAAUGAGUGCAAUAUUAAAAUUUAUCCGUGAAAACCAUAUACUGGCCCUUAUCGAACAGGCCAUAGCAAAAAAGAAGUCCCGGCUGAGUUUGAACGCGUUUGAAAUCAUCGAAAUACCCGAUUUGCUUUACACCUGCUCUGAUGUGGAACAUCUUUACUUGCAUAGAAACAAAAUUACAGUGGUCCCGGUGGAAAUAACACAGCUAGUGAACCUCACGACGCUAACUCUAGACUACAAUAACAUCACACAGCUGCCGCCGGAGAUCGGUCAUUUAAAAAACCUGGUGAAUUUAAACAUAAGUUACAAUCCUUUGAAAGUGUUAAUUCCUGAAAUUGGUGAGCUCGAAAACCUUGAGGCUUUCUGGUGCAACAGGAUAGGGCUGCGGGAGAUACCGAAGGAAAUAGGGAAGUUGGAGAAACUCGACACUUUUGGCGCGCGAGGCAAUGAAAUUAUUGCGCUACCUGAAGAGAUAACAAAGUUAUCUAAGCUAAGAUGGUUGACCCUAGAGAACAAUCUAAUAGAGAGGCUGCCGCGCAGUAUGGACAAAAUGGAGGCUCUAGUGCACUGCAACUUACGAAACAACAAAGUCAAGGAGUUCCCGCUUUCCAUACUUAAGUGCCCAGAUCUCAUGUUUCUGCAGCUAAAUAAUAAUCAGAUAUCGUAUCUCCCAUCAGAGUUCGACACUUGUUACCUUUCAGUUCUGGAGAUGAUCGAUCUUCGGCUCAAUCCUAUCUGCGAAUUGGCGCAUCCUGAACAUCCCCUAGUGCGUUACGCGGAAGAGCUCCCCGCCACAGACAGCACGCUAGUAGACCUGUCUUCUCAACCUUCGAGCAGCAGCCGACAUGGGGCCCAAGCGCUGGCCAUCAACGCGACCGCUCUCAGACUGCCCGCGGUACCGCCUAAUAGACAUAAUGAACCUAUGGUUAUUGAAAUGGACUUAGACGCGUCCUCAGUGGAAUCUUCAGAAGAUUGGGAGAACAGUGUGAACAGCUCCGAACUGGAUGUUCAGUACCAAAGUGAUGAGGAACGCGCCGAAAAUGAGAUCGCACAAUUCUUUCAGGCCGUUGGCAUGGUAUUGCCAGAGCUAUCCCGCUACGCGUCCACCGCCAGCUGAAUCUCUAACGACUGAACAAUAUCCAAUAUGGCGUCGCACUGGCCGUCGGCCAUCUUGGAUCCGUAAGUUAAAAUGCAUACAGAUUUUGAAAUUUUUCAAUUCUUCUCUGUUCUUUUGUUAAUAUUGUUUCUCAUUUGGAGUAUGACUUUUGAGCAUGAUUUUGAAUAACGGAAAGUUAGAAUUUGAUUUCGAUUUUGCGGGAAUGGAACCAAAUUUAUAAUUAUUGAUUGAUUUCUAAGAUUUUUAUAAGUUUUUCACAGCUUAUAGAUACUUUUACCUUUAAGACUGUUCUCAAAUAUAAGAGCUUUUGUGUAUAAUUUUGGAAACGAAAUUCAGUAUUACUAAAUAAUAUGACUACUUAAACAUAUUUUUUGUUUAAAAUCGAUUCAAAAGUAGUGCACAAUAGGUAUCCAAUAAGAUCAAAAUUGUAUGGGAUCCUAUCAAAACCUUAUUUGUUAAUGUGAACUUAUUUUGGAACCGUUCAAAAUAAAUUGAACCUUCGUGCCACGGUGAACUGAACUACCGUUGAACUGUGUUGGGUUCAAAAUUAGUUGGCAGUAAAGGCUUCAAUAGGUUUUCAGUAGAAUGGUAUUUCAUAUAUUAUAAGAGAUAAAAAAAAAAUAUUCCGUUUCUAAAGCUCUGUAGUUCUGGGAAUUAUAUUAAAAAAAUAUAUAUUCGUUUUCAUUCUCAAUAAUAUUGUAGAAAAUGUGCAUUAUCCAUAACUUAUAUAUUACAUACAAGAAUGAUACAUAGAAGAUUAAUUCUCUUCAAACACAAGCUAGAUCAUUAUCUAAAUAAAGCUAUUUCUUGAAAAAAAAAUUAAGCUAAUUACAGACUUACAAUUUCUCAGAAUAAAACUUUUUUUAUAAAUAGUUAUUUUCCGUCAAGCACAAAAUAAAGCAAUUAAACAUGAAAUAUAUUUUGCAAAAUAUGUUGCUUUAAGAGAACAUUGUUUAUAUAAAAAUAUAUUUUUGUAUUUUAUAUUCUGUUUUGUAUUAUUAUCAGCCUAGAUUUCUGAAAUUCGAUUUAAAUUGCAUUAAAAUCAAAUGUUGGUUGGUUGCUAAUAUUUUUAAUCAACCUCUAAAAUAAUAUUUUGUAUCGCAAGUAUAAUAAUUCGUGUUUCAGAAAUUAAGGAUAAGUCUUUUUUUAAAGUCUGUGAAUUAUGAAGUCAAUUAUUUACUUUGUUUUUAUUUAUAUGGCUAUGUAAAAUCUUCAUUUACUUUCAUUUUCAAUUGUAAAUAUGUUUACAAAAAUUGCGCCAUUUUUUUAUAAGAUACAUUUGUCAUGACCAUGUCACCAAUUAAGAGGCAAAUGGAGUAUGUUUGUUCUUAUAACUAACUUAUAUUAAUAUACAAUGUGUUUGGAAUUAAACCACGAUAUAUAUGUAUAUAAAAAAUACAAAACUACAUAUAUAACAAAAAAAUACUCUUGGUUUUAAAUAAGUGAAAAAAAUUGAGUUUCAUAUCUUUUUCGCACUGAUAUAUAAUCAAAAUAAUGUACCUUUUAUAGGACUUUUGUACUUUCAUCUGUCGAAUGUCAUAUAACUAAUUUGUUACCGGAUAAUAUGAUAUUUGAAGAUCUAUCUAAAAAAAGUGGAUUAAAAUAUGGCCUAUCCACGAAAAAUAUUUUUGGCAUUAUUUUUAAAUUUUACAUUAAUUUCUAAUUUUUGUGUGAACAUUACAUGAAGGUUGUACUACAUUAUUUUAGUUUUUGGUUCCUACUAUUAAGUUAAUUUUGUCAUUAAAAAUGAUAUUAAAUGUGUCAAAAGGGUUUGGGAUUUAAUGUUAAAAGAAAUUGUAAAGAAUAAUUAUAAGUUUAAAAACAAAAUUGUUAAGUUUUAGUUUUAUAAAACAUUAUUUUAAAUCAUCGGGACUUAUUUUGUUUGGUUGGCUAAAUACUUUAUUUGAAAAGUAUAAUUAUGAUCUAAUAAUUGGCUCCGUGCCCUCUUAAAGCCAAUGUUAGGUCUUUACUUUUUUAAUGUCAUUUCUGAACAGUUUGCAAACAAAAGAGUUUGUAACACAUCUAUAGAGUAACUUUUUAUUAUAUAUACAUUACCCCGACUUUACACUUGUAAGAAAUUACCAUAAGCGGCUUACGAACGAGUUUUACAUAUGUAAAUCUGUCAUAAGUUAAUUACGUGAUCAAAACUUACAAGUGUAAAGCCGGCUUUUCGUAAGCAUUUUAAAGACCAUUAACAUUUCUAUUCAUGUUUCAAUCUAUUUGUACUUGUACAUAUCGUAUACUGCCACAAAAUGGUGCUAUAUAAACCAUUUACAUUAAUGUCAUUUAAACAUUUUUCGAAUUACCAUAUUAAGGCCAAUUUUCUUGAUACUUGAGUUCUUUUCUAAUAUUUUUGAAAUUCAUUAUUAUUAAUUAGUGGUAUCAUCCCAUUAUAUUAUAAGCGGACAAGUAUGUAUGGUUGUCACGCUACUAUUGAAUGGAUUUUGAUAAAACUUGGCAGUAAUAAAUAGGCAUAUAGGCUACUUUUUAUCUGGGUGAAGGAAGUUCUGCCCUCAGAAAGCGGGUGAAACCGCAGUCGGAAACUUGUAAUUCUUUGCUUGAAAAAGUUGUGCCCCUUUAACAAGCAAAGACUUGAAUAUUAUAUUAGUAAUCAAAUAAAUAAAAAUGGUAGUUAAAAAACGACCAAAUCAAAUCAAUCAAUUGUGAUAGUCACAAGUUGGAAAAAAGGGGAAGUUAUGUAAGCUGACAGGCAAUAAAUCACUUGAAAUUAUAUUGGGUUAAAAUACUUGGUAAUCGGUAGGAGAAAUUCGGUAAUCGUAAGAAUACUAGAAAUCGUAUGAGGGAAUUAGGACGUAUAGAUAUGUGAAAGGCAUGAAUGUAUGCCUUAUGCGAGUCAAUCUACAAAAUCAUGAAAUUGUGAAGAUUUUUGUAAUCUAAGAAAAGAACUCAAGGAUUAAGAAUUUGUACUUUUUCAUUAUACUAUACAACCUUUGUGGUUCUGUACCAAUAUUCAUAUUAAUUGUAUAACAAUGUAUACGUAUUAAUUAGACUACAUAUUUCAAAUUAUCAAUACAUGUAUUUAACCGAAAUUAUUAAAAUACAAAAUCAUGUAACAGUAGACGUAAUAUUUUCAAAAUGUAAUAUUUCAGUCAAAAUUUAGUUUACUAAGAAGACUGUAAGGGUCAUGGCACACAUGAACGGCACAGCUCCAACCCAGCGAUUAAUUUGAUCCUUAAAUCCUAUCUCAUAUAAAUCAUUUUAUAACGUCAAUAUAAUAGCCAACGGUGGUUUGACAGCGGGCUACCUUUUUUUUUUAACGACGUCAAAAAUCAUCAAAUGACCCCUCCCGCUGUGGGUUAGCAGCGGUGAGGGAGUGUCAGACUUACUGACUAAAAACCGUCGUGUUCCGUCAUAGGCCUUUUAUGUACCAGGGCCGCGGUAUCUCUUUCGAACAACCCGCAGCAUAGCGGGCUACCUAACAACAGCUUCGCUCUUUGGCGUGACGUUCAUAUGUGCCAUGACCUUUAGCCAGCCCAAAAUGGCGGAACUCAGUCUGUUUAAAAAGACAUGCCAAUAUAUCGAGGCCACAAUAAACUUAAGGCACAUUUACACAGAGCGAAUUUUUGUUUCGAACCAUAGACAUACAAAAUGGAUAGAGCGUUCAAUAAAAUACAGCCGGAUUUUUUUCAGUUAUUUAUAUGGUUGCCUUUUCAAAGCGAUAAUCAAUGAAAAAAAACUUUUGGUUCUCUAAAAUGAAUAAUAAUUUCUCUGAAAUUCUCUCUGUGUAAAUGUAGUUACACACAGGGCGUUCCAUAGCCAUGGGAGGCUCUGAAUACAGGGUGUCUCAUAGUCAUGGGAAGUUUUGUAUUAUGUAGUUAUACUAACGUAGCUUGGCCCUAUAAGGUUACAAGUCUUGGUUGUAAAUAUAUGCUCAUGAUUACGAAUGUAAACAUCUCUUUAUGGUAAUAAAAACACUUUAAAAUGU